AUGAAGUUCAUUACUUUGCUCGCAUUGUUCCUGUUCAGCUGCCUGGCUGUUGCUAUCCCCAUUGCAACUGAAACUGUUGCUGUGCCUGAAGAGGUGAUCACCGUCUGGGUUGACCAGCAUGGACAGACUGUUUCUGUUGAGACCGUUCAUCCCACUGCAACUGCUACCGUCAACAAUGAACCCACUGCCCUCCAUCCCAUCCUAGCAAUCCCGGACCAAAAUGCACCUAAUGACCUCGAACCAGCCCUCGCAAGCGACACCAACAUCAAGGCAAACACACACCUCGACCCUAAAGGAGGGGACAAGGAUUCGUUUCAUUCCAAGGAUAAGCAUGAAGGCCAGCUCUUUGGCAUUUCCUACUCCCCCUACAACGCCGACAGCACCUGCAAAUCCCAGGACCAGGUAAACAGCGACCUCGACAAGCUCACCCACUACGCCUACGUCCGCAUCUACGGCAUCGACUGCGACCAGACCAGAAAGGUCAUCAACGCCGCGCGCCGCCACAACAUGCAAGUCUUCGCAGGCGUCUGGAGCCUCCAAAACCUACACGCGGACCUCAACGCCAUCAUUGAUGCCGCUAGACCUGACCUCUCAACCCUGCACACAAUCUCAAUCGGCAAUGAACUCCUCAACCGCGGCCAGAACUCCGCCGGAGAGGUCACAGCCGCCGUGAACGACGCCCGCGCCUACCUCCGCAGCCUCGGGUACAAUGGCCCUGUCGUGACAGUCGACACCUACUCUAAGAUAUUCGAGCACCCCGAACUCUGCCAGGCCUCCGACUACUGCGCCGCCAACUGCCACGCCUUCUUCGACGCAACACAGACCCACGAUAACGCGGGCGCCUAUGUCGCUGCUAUCUCGCGCCGUCUGUCUGAAAUUUCUGGCGGGAAGCGCACGGUAAUCACCGAGUCUGGCUGGCCUCAUGGAGGACAAAACAACGGACGCGCUGUGCCGUCGUGGGAAAACCAUAAGGUGGCCAUCGACAGCCUGCGCAAGGCGUUUGGGAACCGUCAUGGCGAUCUCGUCCUAUUCAGUGCGUUUGAUGACCUGUGGAAAAUCGAUAACCAAUGGACGUUUGGUGCGGAGAAGUUUUGGGGAAUAGAGACGCGUUAG